UAAAAACUCACUCCUCACGUCUAUGAUCGCAACACAAGAUUGUUGUAUUGGUUUCCCAGCCUCGAUUCCUUACUGAUGAGGGACUUACGGCCCGACUGACGCAGGGAGAUGGUACUCAAUAUUUCAGACCAGACGCCUCUGGUCCAGGCCAUAUUUAACCGAAAUGUGGAUGAAGUGAAGUUAUUUUUGCACAAGAAAGAUGAAGUCAAUGCACUGGACCAAGAGCGCCGCACACCUCUUCAUGCUGCUGCCUGGCUGGGGGAUGUUCAUAUAAUGGAGCUUCUCAUCAGCGCAGGUGCGAAUGUCAAUGCAAAGGACCAUGUGUGGCUAACACCAUUGCACAGAGCAGCUGCUUCCAGAAACGAGAGGGCUGUGGGGUUGCUGCUAAGGAAGGGAGCUGACGUUACCGUGCGGGAUAAGUUCUGGCAGACACCACUGCACAUUGCAGCGGCCAACCGAGCCAUGCGUUGCAUCGAGGCCCUGCUGCCCCAUGUGAGCAGCCUGAAUAUGGCCGACCGCACGGGCAGAGCGCCCUUGCAUCACGCUGCUCAGAGUGGAUACCAGGAGAUGGUUAAAUUGCUGCUGAACAAGGGAGCCAAUCUGAGUGCCAGUGACAAGAAGGACAGGCAGCCCAUUCAUUGGGCAGCUUACCAUGGACAUCUGGAUGUGGUUAAGCUGCUGGUGUCUCAGGGCUCGGAUAAGAGCUGUAAGGAUAAGCGUGGAUACACCCCUCUCCACGCUGCUGCUGCCAGUGGCCACGUCGAUGUGGUCAAGUACCUGUUACGCAAUGGAGCCGAGAUUGAUGAGCCUAAUGCCUUUGGAAACACUGCUCUCCAUGUGGCCUGCUACACGGGACAGGAGGCUGUAGCCAACGAGCUGGUCAACCGUGGGGCCAACGUCAACCAGCCCAACCACCGCGGCUACACACCCCUCCACCUGGCUGCCGUGUCCACUAACGGGGCUCUCUGCCUGGAGCUGCUGGUCAACAACGGUGCUGAUGUCAACAUGCAGAGUAAAGAAGGGAAAAGCCCUUUGCACAUGGCAGCCAUUCAUGGACGUUUCACUCGCUCUCAGAUCCUUAUUCAAAAUGGUGGGGAGAUAGAUUGUGUGGACAGAUAUGGCAAUACUCCUCUUCAUGUUGCUGCUAAGUACGGCCACGAGCUGCUUAUCAGCACCUUAAUGACAAACGGUGCUGACACAGCCAGACAAGGGAUUCAUGGGAUGUUUCCUCUACACUUAGCUGUGCUCUACGGGUCCUCUGACUGUUGUCGUAAGCUACUUUCCUCAGGUCAGCUCUACAGCAUUGUGUUGUCAAUGAGUAAAGAACACGUGCUCUCGGCCGGAUUUGACAUCAACACCCCAGACAACUUUGGGAGGACCUGUCUACACGCUGCUGCCUCUGGAGGGAAUGUUGAAUGUCUCAACCUGCUCUUAAGCAGUGGAGCUGACAUGAAUAAGAAGGACAAGUUUGGAAGGACUCCUUUGCACUAUGCGGCUGCUAAUGGUAGGUAUCAGUGUGUGGUGGUUCUGGUAGGAGCGGGGGCGGAGGUCAAUGAGCGUGACCGCUCUGGCUGUACACCUCUACACUAUUCAGCUGCAUCGACUGCGUUCUGCAGAAUGGACCGACCCCAUGCCAGCACCCAUCAGAACCAAGAGGAUGGGGAGAAGGAAUCCUUCCUGUGUGUGGAGCAUUUGUUGGAUAAUGGUGCUGAUCCAUCUCUGUGCAACACUAAAGGAUACAGUGCUGUGCAUUAUGCUGCAGCCCAUGGCAACAAACAAAACCUGGAGCUGCUCACAGUUGUUGAUAUCAUUCUCACUGUUUCUCUCUCUCUUGAUAGAACACCACUAAUGAUGGCAGUGCUGGGGGGACACACUGACUGUGUGCAUCUGCUGCUGGAGAGAGGAGCUUGCCCUGAUAUGAGAGACAGGAGAGGAAGAACAGCCUUACACAGAGGGGCGGUGAUGGGUCGGGAGGACUGUAUAACCGCCCUGCUGUCCCACAGUGUCUCAGUCCUCAGCAGAGAUUUUCAGGGGCGAACCGCAGUCCAUCUGGCCGCUUCUUGCGGCCAUGCUGACAUUCUCUCCAAUCUUCUUUCUGCUGCUGACCACUCCCACCCCCACGACCCAAUCACAGACCGCCACGGCUACACACCCGCACACUGGGCAGCCUAUCACGGUCAUGAAGACUGUUUGGAUGUUUUACUUGAACUUAAACCAUGUAGUAUCCAGGAGGGAAACCCCUUCACCCCACUGCACUGUGCUCUCAUUAAUGGCCAUAGUGGUUCUGCAGAGCUGCUGUUGGAAUCCAGUGUUUGUAAUUCGCUGGUAAACAUCAGGGAUGCCAAAGGAAGGACCCCGCUUCACGCGGCCGCAGUUGCCGAGGACGUGGCUGGGCUGCAGCUGGUUCUGCGGCAUGGAGCUGACAUCAACUCCGUAGACCACUCAGGGCGUUCUGCACUGAUGGUGGCCGCCGACAAUGGCCAAAGCGGUGCUGUGGCCCUACUGCUGCACAGAGCCAAAGCUGACCUGUCCCUCCUGGAUGUGAACAAGAACACUGCCCUGCACCUGGCCUGCAGCAAGGCUCAUGAAAUGUGUGCCAUGCUGAUCUUGAAGGAGAUCCACAACCCUAUCCUCAUAAAUGCAACCAACAGUAUGCUUCAAAUGCCCCUCCACAUUGCCGCCAGGAAUGGUUUGGCCACCGUGGUUCAGGCCUUGCUGAAUCGUGGGGCCACAGUGCUGGCAGUGGAUGAGGAAGGUCAUACGCCAGCCCUGGCUUGCGCAUCCAAUAAAGCUGUUGCCGACUGCCUAGCUCUCAUUCUGUCAACCAUGAAGCCUUCCUCCUCCACGUCCUCCUCGUCCUCACCGUCGUCUCCCAGCCUCAACCUGCUCAAGCACUGUGGCAUCACCGCCGCCUGUCCCCCCCUGCCCAAUGGAGGCCUUCGCCAUGGUUACGUCAAAGAUCGCCAUGGUGCUACUAUCGGCUUGGAUGGCUACUUGACCGAGUAAGGCGUUCUUACUCGCUAAAAAAAAUAAAUAAAGCGUGGUCGCUUGGUUUGGUCCUCUCUACACACCUAGAUAAACCUAUAUGCAAUUACAGCCACACAUCCCUCCUGUGCCAGUAUCAAAGCUUUUCUUCACAUCUCAGUAGAGAGUGAACACGAGAGGACGAAUUUAGCUAUUUAUUUCUAUUUAUUUUCCCCCGCAUCCUUUUCCUCCCACCCCCUGACUCCCAUUUUAGAUGCUGUCCAUUCAGUACGAGUCUAAAAUCUAAAAUUUGAAUCUAAGCCAUCUAUUCGAACCAGUAUCCAUCACUGGCGAGUCAGUCCUUUAUUUCUUCUCCAUUUGCAGUCGAUUCGACUCGGUUCAUGUUAGAAUUAUGCAGCUGUGUGUCUCCAUGGUAACAGUGAUAAUGGAUGGGUUUCCAUAUCAUGCCUCCAAUUUGCGUGAUGCUGUGGCCUUGCAUAGGAAUUUACAGCCUGCCCUGAGGAACAAUUUAAACGGGUUACACUAGAUUUGCAUGAAUUUGCGGGACCAUGUAUUUGAUAGUGGUCUUGUUUGUGUGUGUGCGUGCACGUGUAUGUGUGACAUCCACUUUUGCGCAACAGUCCAAGUUUUUCAUCCCAUACUUGAUUAUUACGUUUCCAGGUUUUUAUGUGAGCUGCAAUCUGAUUUAGCUCAGAUCAGGAAAAACAAACAACCUAACAGAAUCAGAACAGAAGGGAAACCAUACUACCUUAAGCCAAAAGACCAAUGACCUCCUGAGAGAGGGGUCUGAUAUAUAAUGCUUGUUUACUUGUUAGAGAGAAAAGGGAUAGUGUUUGGAUGGGUUUUGAGGUUGAAAAUUCAUAUUAGGUUUACAAUGUAGGUAUUAGGUAGUCCAGAUCACUGUUUGUAGGUAGGCAGAAGAAAGAGGAGUUAAAAGUGUCAUGAUUUUGGCCGUUAAAACAACAUUUUGAAUAUGCUACACUAAGGAAGUAUAGAAAGCACAAACAUUACAGAUGCAAACGUCAUACACAGUACUUGCUCCUUAGGACCUUUGGUUUUAUUUGUUUUGCUUUUUGGGCCUCAUAAAAUGUCUUAAAUUAAAUCUACUGCUUUGCUAUAAUAUUUAGUGUGGAGUUGCUUUCACAGUGCCUACUGAAUUUAGUUUUGUCUACCUAGGGUCCAGUCAGUUAAACACACCAUAUGCGGUCCCUUAAAGUCGUCGAAAUGGUGCUUCGACCAGUGAAACAUGAGUAUUUCACUAAAAUCUGUUAUGAAUUGAUCACCUGAAUAGAUGAACGUGUGAUUCAUAUAUCAGAACCCACUUGGGUUGUUUUAGACUUUGGGGAGUGUGUAUAUGUCGAGUGUUUAUGCUGACUGGACCUUUUUUAUAUUUGUUUAUGGUGUUGGGGAGCAGUCAUGGGUAUGACCAAAGUCGAGCAAUUUCUAAUUACCAUUUUAAUAGAAACUAAUAGAUAUCCAAAAAGGCAUUAUCUUUUUAAUUAAAGUACUGAAAUAACAAUCACCCCUGCUCUUUUUAAAAAUGCUUCCUUAUUGCCAAAGGUGAAUUGAUUAACAAAGUUAAGGUUGUGCUUCCAUUAGGUUUUUUGCACCUAAACACAAAAUAAGAACAUUGAGUGUUUGAAACAUCCUUUUUUUUGUUUGUUUGUGCACCACAAACAGGCAAUAUAUGCUCAGUCAGUAAUGAGACAAUCAGUUGAAAGGGCUUUUGAUUUUGCCAUAGAUUUCUUUUUUUUCAUAAACACGCCAUAGCGUCAACACUUUUUUUUUUCAAUUAGGAAGAGCUAUACAUAUCUAUAUCUCUUAAUUCAAGCAUACUUUCAGGUGUGAAAUGUGGACUUGUUCUCAAUUAUACCAAUACUAUUGCUUUCAUUACAGUAUAUCAGGAUUUUAGUGAUUUAGAUAGAGUAGCUUUGAAGUAUUGUAACAUUAACUGAUAUUUUAUGGGUGAAUGAAGGUGUGUAGACAAACGAAAUGGUAACGUUAGAUGUUUAAAGGCUGUGUGGAGAGCAUAUUUAUACUGAUUCACGAAAUUACCUCUUCCUCUUUGUAAUGACAGGUUUUGGCUGCUUAAACAAGUUUCUCCACUCCACGCAGACCUGAUAUAAAGCACUUGCUUGUUCAGUAACAAAAAAGGAUGAAAAAAAUACGCUUUUGCAUCUGUCACAAGCUGUAAAUGGGCAAAUAUCUGACUUCUACUUGCAAGAGUACAAAUGUGCAUGUGUGCAAAUCAGAUUAGUCAAGUUAUAUCGGAGUGUUUUGCCUGGGAAAUAUUUCUAAGUGGGCUACAUGACUAAGAGGAAGUCCCUCAUGGGAGUUUAAUUCAAGCUUAUUUACCUGUACUUGAGCUUGACUUUUAUCACGUACAAUAACUUUUGCUGUGGUUUGGUGGAGGGAAUCAGUGCAUGUGUAGACAGCAACAGGGUACGAUAAUGAAGUGCAAGUUGAUGAGAGCUUAAAGUUAUUUGCACUGCCAGUUAUACUGCUUGUAGUUGUAAAAAAAAUAAAAAAUUAUUUAUAAAUUUAGUCUAGCUAGUCGUACCACAUGUAGUUGAGUUCGAAAAACAAGUGCCCGUGGAGCCUGUGAUUAGUAAUACAUUUCAUUUUGGUGCAAGAAAAAGUGCUGCUUUCGAUUGUAUCUUGGAGCUAAUUUUUUAGAUGUGAUCUUUGUCUAUUUAUUAGCGAAAAUAAUUCUUAUCCAGCCAAAACAAACUAAAACGUACUUGUUUUAAUUCCUCAAAUUUCUCGUUGUCUUAUUGGCAUUGCACUAAAAUCGUUGAAUUGUUUUGUCGAAUGUAUGCCAUGAUGGUAGCAGCUUGCUUCGAUGUUGGUGAAAAACUUGUAUGCAGUAGUUAGCGAUUAAAUAAUUAGCUUGACAACAGGAGCCCUUUCAGAACUUUUAAUAGAGUUGGUGCAUUAGGUGUUCUGUGUACGAACAAUAAGGGAACCGGUCACAAAGAGGCAAGACUUUUUUGUAGGGUAGAGUACUGAUAACUGAUAAGGGGGGUUUCCUCCCUAAAUCAUUUAGUGCCAUAACUUUUCUUUUUCCUUUCUCAUUUUGAUACGUUUGUAAAAAUGUGAAUGAAUGAUUCCUUGGGUUCAGUUUUUGAGUGUGCGUCAAGACCAUUACCAAAAAAGAAAACGAACGAAGUCCAAGCUAACAUAAGCUACUGUGCCCAUUAUAUUUUUUGGAGAUCCACAUAGUGUUAGUUAUUGUAAAAUGCCAGUACGUUCACAAUCAGACUGUCUAAAAAUGUCAGUAUAUACUAAGCUAUACUGAUGGGCUGGUUAGCCUUUGGUGGAGAUCACCUCCAUCUGAAAGCUUUUAUGGCUACGCCAUAACUUAGCAUUUGCCCUUAUAAAUGGAGUAGCUGGAUUUGAGUCAUUCAGUCAACGACUAAUUCAAAAAUGAUAUUUUAUAAAUGUUCCAGUGUAAUCGAUAGUUCCCACAAACCAUUGAUAAUUUGAGGUUUAUUUCUAAGCAAUGGAAUUACGAAACGCCUUAAUUUCAUUAUUAACCGAAGGGCAAAUUUGACAUUUACCAAAAUGACACAUUUACAUAGCUUUUCUUGUUUUAUUCUGGAUCAGCAAAUUGUGAGCUUGUUUUUUGUUUGUUUUUACGCAACUUUGCUAUGAAGGGCCAACUGUUGACCAAGUUAUAAUGGUUGCAAUUACAUGCAGGCAGUUGGAAACUAGAGUCGUCUAAUAAUUGUAACCAUUUUGUUGGAAAGCAGAUUAAUUGUAGCUUAACUCAGUGUCCUUAUUGUAUGUCCAUCCUCGCAUUUUUGUAUCGAUAUAAUUUUUUUUCUCGCAAAGGUAUUAAUGGCUGAUAGAAUGUCUGAUUUACCUCAGUGGACCUCAGCGUCCCUACUACUUGAAGACGCAUCCAUUUAAGGCAAUACUCAAAACACCCGUUUCAUUUAACCUAUGUCUAUCUCCCAACUUUUUGCCUUAAGAGGAAACGGUAUAGUUCAGCAGUCGCAGCACUUGAGAGAUUUUGUCAUUAACGUGGGAUCUCGUUUCGAUGAGAUUCAUAAGAAGCACACUGUUCUAUAGGUUGUUUUGCUGAAAGAUGUACCAUAAUGGCUUCUGGCCUCAAAAUAAUAAUUUUCAUGGAAUUUAUUAGGAGUUUUUGCACUAGAACAUAGAAAGAAAAAAAAAAGUCUUUUUUUAAUACAUUUGUUUCAAAUAUUUAGCUGUAAAAUUUAUUUUGGAACAGCUAAUGUUUGACUAACUUUACUCAUUAAGCAAAAAUCUGAUAAUGUUGGGUUUAGGUUCUCCUAAAUUAAGCAUUUAAAGUACUGAUUUAUAAAAACACCAAUUUGCAGAAAAAAUCAGUAUGGGAACACGGGUAGUGAAUGGUAAAAGAUCUGGCAAUACAUCUUAAGAAAAAAAGUAUGUAUUAUCCAAUGCUAAAUAAUUUUAUACAGGACAGAGUAGAUACAUUUUCUCCCCAUUUUUCUGUGUCUUAGUUGAAACAUUUAGGUAGUAAAUACUUGUGUGAUGUUAUAAAUGCAAAUAUUUCUAACAAAGUAAAUAACAAGAGCACAAGAAGAUGUGCUGUACAUAAUUCCUCAAGAAGUGUGGUCGGAAUUGCCUUGACGUGGCAAUCUUACCUCGUAAACUAGCUGUCCUUAAAAUCUAUCGUGCUAUAUAUACUGGUACAUGAAAUUUGGGUGGGCUUUUAGCUACGCAUGCUCCGUGCAACUGGAAUCCUAAGGUCACGUUUUGAGGCCUUGAAAUGGAAAGCAUUGGCUUUUUCAAGAGGUGCUCUUGAACUUGAUGAUGUCCUUCACCCUGGCUUAGUGUUACUUCAUGUUUCUACUCAGUAAGCGCUAAUAGUUCAAAUUGUAAAUCUGCAAGCGAAUAAUUUAAUCAAAAAUAGCUGCUUUUUGUUGUUCUCGCCAGCAGCUUGUUUUCAUAAGGCUAGUUAGAAAACCACCGGAGCCUGACUGAGUGACUGACCUGACAGGGCACGUAGGGAUCCCUUUAAAAAACAUUUUCAUAUUUUAAAAAAAA